CGACGUUGCAUAUCGCUUGGGAUUAUCUGCGCCGACUUUCAUUUACCAUUUAUUCCCGCAAGCAUAGCAGCAUUUUGGACUUCUCUGCGUGCGCCUUGACGACUACUAUUUUUACCCGACAGCGCUUGUAGACGACCGCUGGGGCGCGCCCAACAGCUUGAAACACUGAGCUAGUGGCGACACAUCCCUCGAAACACAUUCUUUACGCAUCCACGGACGGACGAGAGACGCACUCUUCGCCACGACAUCUUUACACUCUCCAUGAAUUAUCGCUCAUAGAAGUCGCAAUGGAGCCGUCAAGCGGCCUCUCUCCUGGCGGGAGCAUUGCGCUUGGAAUCGUCGUCGGCCUCAUGUCGACGAGCGUACAGAGCUUAGGGCUUACACUCCAGCGAAAAUCACACAUAUUAGAAGACGAAAAGGGGCCACACGACAUUCGACGGCCCCCAUAUAGACGAAGGCGGUGGCAGCUUGGAAUGGGCAUGUUCAUCAUUGCCAAUCUUUUGGGCAGUUCUGUUCAGAUUUCGACACUUCCUCUUCCCGUUCUCUCGACAUUACAGGCUGCCGGUCUUGUAUUCAACUCGAUAUGCGCCACCCUCAUACUAAGCGAGCCCUUUACGAGCUGGAGCUUGGCAGGCACGCUGCUCGUCACUGGCGGCGCCGUGCUGAUUGCCAUAUUCGGAGCCAUACCAUCGCCUACGCAUUCUUUGGACGAGCUUCUCGUCCUCAUGAGCCGCAAGCCAUUUAUAAUAUGGAUGAUCUUGCAAGCUGUAUUUGCUGUUGCACUGGCCAUCACGAUUGACUUGGUGAACAAGAUGUCAAGCGUCUCUCACAACUCUCAAUUCAGACUGGCCCGCGGCAUCGUCUACGGUGUUAUUAGCGGCGACUUAUCUGCUCAUUCGUUAUUGUUCGCCAAAUCAGCAGUGGAACUGGUCAUCAAGACCCUCGGCGGCGAGAAUCAGUUUGUGCACUGGGAGGCGUGGGCUAUAGUGAUGGCGCUCGUCUCGCUGGCGCUGUGCCAGCUGUAUUAUUUGCACCGGGGGCUGAAACUGGUCUCGACCUCUGUUCUAUAUCCUCUUGUUUUCUGCGUAUACAACAUCAUCGCUAUCCUCGACGGCUUGAUAUACUUUGACCAGAUGGGCUUUAUCUCGACGCUCCGCGCAUGCAUAAUCAGCCUCGGAACGCUGAUCCUGCUUUCUGGGGUCUUAGCUCUCUCAUGGCGUCUAAGCGAAGAGCAACAUACACCAAGCGUGGGACAGUCCACGCUUGCUCCGGGUCUCGGUCUCGUCGACGACACAGAAGGCGAAGAAGAGUCGCUUCUCAGUGGCGAGGCCGCCCCCGGCACCGACGACACCAUCACCUAUCAGACAUUUGAAACCACGAGUGCAGAAGGCACCGUCCUCACACCGACACGGAAGAAGAUCUUCCGCUGGGCUGAGAAUGCUGAGAUUUGGGGCGAACUCGAAGACCAAGAAGACCCUACUACACCUACACGCCGCCUCCGCUCUCACACCAUGCCUGUGAUGACCGAAAACACUAGCCUCCUCACAUCCUCACGUCGUUCUCUUGGCGCCGAAUCCAUCCCCGAGGAAACCGCCUCCAACUCCGACUCGAUCAAGAAACUUAACCGCCGCCGUCGCCGCAGCACCGGCUUCCCUGGCCUCGUAGCUCGCCGCGGCGGCCGCAGACGAGACUCAUCCAUUGUUGGAUCUAUUGCUGCCCUCUUACCGAGCAGAUGGUGGGCCAACAAUGACAGUCGACGAAACUCGUUUGCCAACUCUGAAGAUGCCGGCCGACCAAGCCAAGAUAGCGACCGACGGCCGUUUUUGAGAGACACAGCAAACGAUUCCCCCGCAUAGACGGCGUUUUUGUCUCCUUUUUGGAAAUGUUUAAAUAACUCUUGUGUCACUUUUUAAUAGCAUUGGGAAAGCAUAGCAUACAUUGAAUAAUUUUUUUUUUAAAAAUCCUUCUCUAAAAUAA